AUGGCUUUGGAACCGAUUUCUGACCGGAUCCUUGGAUCCAAGAACAAGAAAGUCGCCUACUUCUACGACUCUGAUGUGGGCAACUAUGCCUAUGUCUCGGGCCACCCCAUGAAGCCUCAUCGCAUUCGCAUGACCCACAGCUUGGUGAUGAACUAUGGGCUCUACAAGAAAAUGGAGAUUUAUCGCGCGAAACCUGCCUCCAAGUAUGAGAUGACCCAGUUCCACACAGACGAGUAUAUCGACUUCUUGUCCAAGGUCACGCCAGACAACAUGGAUCAAUUUGCAAAAGAACAAAGCCGCUACAACGUCGGUGACGACUGUCCCGUAUUCGACGGCCUUUUCGAGUUCUGCGGGAUCAGCGCGGGAGGCAGCAUGGAAGGCGCGGCACGACUGAACCGUAACAAAUGCGAUAUCGCUGUCAACUGGGCUGGUGGUCUUCACCACGCCAAGAAGAGCGAAGCAAGUGGUUUCUGCUAUGUCAAUGAUAUUGUCCUCGGAAUCCUCGAGCUUCUGCGCUUCAAACAGCGAGUCCUUUACGUUGAUAUCGAUGUCCACCAUGGCGAUGGUGUUGAGGAAGCUUUCUACACGACUGAUCGCGUCAUGACUUGCUCCUUCCAUAAAUACGGCGAGUACUUCCCCGGUACCGGUGAGCUCCGUGAUAUCGGUGUUGGACAAGGCAAAAACUACGCAGUCAACUUCCCUCUCCGCGAUGGAAUCACAGAUGUCACCUACAAGAGCAUUUUCGAACCCGUCAUCCGGAGCGUGAUGGAGUGGUACCGCCCUGAAGCUGUCGUCCUCCAGUGUGGUGGUGACAGUUUGUCCGGAGAUCGCUUGGGCUGCUUCAAUCUGAGCAUGCGUGGACACGCCAACUGUGUCAAUUUUGUCAAGAGCUUCGAUUUGCCCACCUUGGUUCUUGGGGGUGGUGGUUACACCAUGCGCAACGUUGCACGUACCUGGUCUUAUGAAACCGGUGUCCUUGUCGGAGAGUCUCUGGAACCUGAGCUUCCAUACAACGACUACUAUGAGUACUUCGCUCCCGACUACCAGCUUGAUGUCCGCCCUUCCAACAUGGACAACGCCAAUACCAAAGAAUAUCUGGACAAGAUUCGCGCGCAAGUCAUCGAAAAUCUUAAGCGUACUGCGUUCGCCCCGUCAGUUCAGAUGACGGAUGUGCCUCGGAAUCCCAUGCUGGAUGGCAUGGACGACGAGGCUGACGAUAUUAUGGAUGACCUUGAUGAGGAUGAGAACAAAGACAAGCGCUUCACUCAGCGACGAUUCGACCAACGCACAGAGAAGGCUGGUGAGCUCAGUGAUAGUGAGGAUGAAGACGAAAAUUCCGCGAACGGUGUUCGUCGCCAGCCAGGCGCCGCUCGCCGCCGGAAUCAAACGAACCACCGCAACCUUGAGCCGGAAUCUGGGAUGGACAGUGCUAUCGCAACUCCGCGAAACGCAUCAUCUGCCGCAGAAGGGGAAACGGAUACCGCCGUUGAUGCCGCGAUGGCUGAUGCACCACGCACCGAGCCCGAAGCGCCUUCCGUCGCUCCGGAAGCUUCGCGCGCCGGUGAAACCCCUAUGACUGAUGCCAAUCAGAUGGCCGUGGAAACCGAGGACCAGAAGCCUCCCGUCAUCCCUCAGUCGGAACUCCCCGCUCGUGAUGAAGAUACCACCAUGGAGGAUGCGGAACCCACUGCCUCAGAACAGAUUCAAGCCCCGGCGGUAACUGGUGAGGAUAAAUCUCUCGUCGAGAGCUCGGUUGCAUCUCCUCUGAAACAUCAGUCACCUUCUAACGAGGCUACCGGUCCUACUACUGGGGAAGGAGCCGAAGCCUCUGCGCCUGCCGCGGAACCUGAGGCACCAGUAACCAAGGAAGAGGGCCCGGAAUACACAGAGCCCAAGAAGGAGUAA